AUGAAGACCUCCUUCGCCGCUGUUGCUCUUGCCCUCUCCGGCUCCGCCAUGGGUGCUCCGUUCUCCAACGGAACUCGCCCUGCUUUCACUUCUUCUCCUCGUUCGACUUCUGCCCAGGUGUCGUCGACUGACCCGCCUCUCCCCAACCCAUUCGCUUCCUCUAGCACUGGCUUGCCUUCUGGAACCCCCUCUUCCGGUGCACAAUUUCCUAGUGGCGGUGUCCUGAAGCGCGGAGAAGCUCUCUCUAUCCCAACGGAUCUUCCCUCUCUGGCAUCCGAUGCUCAGUCUGUGGCUGCAGCUCUUGCUUCUGCUGGCGCUGGUGCCCAUAAGCGUAGUGAGGCGCUUUCGAUCCCCACGGAUCUGCCCUCGCUGCUGUCUGAUGCCCAGUCUAUCGGCUCUGCUUUGGCAUCCAGUGGUGCUGGCUCUAAGAAGCGUGGAGAUGCUCUCUCUAUCCCCACCGAUCUUCCAUCCCUGGUAUCUGAUGCUCAAUCAGUUGCUGCGGCCCUUGCCUCGGCCGGUGCAGGUGCCCAAAAGCGUGGUGACGCUUUGUCAAUCCCUACCGACCUGCCCUCAUUGCUGUCCGAUGCUCAGUCUGUUGGAGCCGCAAUCGCAUCUGCUGGUGCCCAGAAGCGUAGUGUUUCGGAGCCCAUUCCCACUCCGACUCCCACUGGUACUCCUUCCACUCCCCUUGGAACCGCCGUCCCUACGCCUUCUAGCAGUCUGUCUACUCGCCCUGCCUCCUCUGCAUCUGCUACGCCUGCUGUGUCUUCUUCGGCUGCUGGUUCUGCCUCAUCGUCUGGCCGUCCCCUCCCCACCCCUACCGGUGCCUCGCCUUUCAGCCAGCCUCUGGUCUAA